CCGAAACAAAGGACCGCCCCUCCCUUCGUUGCCGCCGCCAUGGACUCGGCCCGCUCGGUGGGCCGAACGAGGACGCGCACGAGGACGCAGCUCAGUCCCCGGGCGGCCGAGGUGGAGGAUUUGGAGCAAGGUGGUCUAUGUGGAAAAAUUCAAAAUUGUAUCGAUUAUCUCAUCACUGGUGACUUUGUGGGUUUAUUCAAAAGCUGCAAGCGGAGUGUCAGGAAUUGCAUCAAGCAUUAUGGAGAGCGAUAUGACAACUUUGUUGACUGGAUUGCGAAGACGGCGAAGGAACAGGAGCACCGAGCCAAUGAUGCUUCGAUGCAACACCCCUUCCCGACGAUUCGGAUGAUCGUCAACAGCAAUGCCUUCGAGUUUGUGGGUAAUUUGGUGAUUUUCUGCAAUACCUUUGUGGUGGGCUGGCAAGCGGAGAUCUCCCCGAAGAAAGCCACUCAGGCGGAGCAAGACUUGUCCAUGUUGUUUGAGAAUUUGUUCACCUUCGCCUUCGUUUUUGAACUGAGUCUCUCCACCAUGUGCUGGGGCUGGACUUAUUUGGUGAAGCGUGAGAACUGGCUGGAUGUCUUCCUCGUCUUCCUGGGGGUUUUGACCACUUGGAUCUUGGGCCCCUUUGGAAUACAGGUAGAUUUUUUGCGGAAGCUCACUGCCUUACGAACCUUGCGCUUGAUCCGCCUGGCACGGGCCGUAAGAUUCAGACCUGAGUUCAAAGAUAUGUGGGCCUUGGUGAAAGGCCUCACUGAAGCCGGAGAAACCUUGUUUUGGACCUACGUGAUGAUUGGCUGCGUACUCUACGUUUUUGCCAUUAUUGGCACUUCGUUGAUUGGCAAAGCAGAAGCCUUUCAGGACAGCGCGCUGGCGCAGGAGUACUUUGGUGAUGUCGCCUUGUCCAUGCUCACCUUGUUUCAGCUCAUGACUCUGGAUUCUUGGACUGGCUUCGCCAGGCCCUUGAUGGAGAUUGAAGUGUGGACGGGUGGUUUCUUCAUUCUUUUCAUCUCGGUGGCCGUCUUUGUGAUGCUGAACCUGGUGACGGCGGUGAUCGUCGAGAAUGCCUUUAGCGACUCCAAAAGCGAGGAGAAGGAGUUGGCUGUACGACUGGAGCGAGAAAAAGAGGAGGAGUUGGAAGAUUUGAAACAGUUCUUCCUGCAGUUGGACCUGGAUGGCAACGGUUCCUUGACGAAACAAGAGUUCUUCAAAGCCACGAAGCAGCGGAAGAUCCGUCAGAAGCUUCGUGCCUUAGAUAUCAUGCCCAAGGAUAUCGAUGAACUUUGGGAUAUUUUGGACGACGGUCAGGGAGAGAUGUCUGUGCAGGACUUUCAAGCGUCUAUUCGCCGUUUGAGAGGCGAAGCAAAGGCAAAGGACAUUUUGCGCUUGUACAAAGAGGUGGGGCAAUUCGAAUCUUCCGUGGAGGAAGUUGCAGAGCAUCUGGAAAAGAGCAGGAGACGUCUUCGCAACCUCCAAGAUCAGCUUUCACACUGCAAGGUAGAUGUGGUGGCUUUUACUCGAACCCUGGUGAGAGCAAAGGAGGCUGUGAAAAUGGCAGCUUCAACUCAGAACAUGAGCUGAGUGUUUGAUUUUUGGCUUGGCAAAGGUCCAGGCAUCUUUUUUGAACCUUUCUUUCUUCCAUUGGUUCUGAUAGGGUCUUGCGAAGCACGCAGCGAUGGUGGAAGACUUGACUUAGUCAGUCAUGGCCGUUUCACAACAACAGCCACAGCCGUAUCAAGGCUGGUUGUACCCCUAGUUGACG